CACGCGUGGAUCAUCUAUUAGUAAAGUGAGGCUUGUCAUUUUGCAGUUCCUCUUGUUUCGCCCAUACGUAAAAAUGAGCGGGGACGUGGAGCGUGUGUUGAUUCAGCUCCAGAAUGAGAGCGGUGAGGUGCUCGGAUCCCCCUUCGAUGUUCCGCUGGACAUCAACCCGGAUAAACUGCAGUUGGUCUGCAAUGCGCUUUUACAAAAGGAGGAACCAGUGCCCUUCUUGUUCUUCUUGAAAGAUGCGGAGGUGGUCUCCUCUCUGGGCACUUGCGUACAGACUCUGGGUCUGGAGACUGAACAGGUGCUUCCUGUGGUGUACCAGCCGCAGGCUGUGUUCCGUGUGCGGGCCAUCGCUCGAUGCACCAGCUCUUUGGAGGGUCACACGGAAGCAGUCAUCUCUGUGGCCUUUAGCCCUACCGGGAAAUAUCUGGCCAGUGGAUCUGGGGACACAACGGUAAGGUUCUGGGAUCUGACUACAGAAACUCCACACCAUACUUCUAGAGGUCACACACACUGGGUUUUAUCUAUUGCCUGGUCUCCAGAUGGGAAGAAGUUAGCAUCAGGGUGCAAAAACAGUCAGAUCUUCCUGUGGGAUCCAGUCACAGGAGGUCAAAUAGGAAAGACUUUGACAGGACACACAAAGUGGAUCACCUGGCUAUGCUGGGAACCACUUCACUUGAACCCAGAGUGCCGCUAUUUGGCUAGUUCCUCUAAAGACUGCUCUAUUCGGAUAUGGGACACGGUUUUGGGCCGCUGUGAGAAGAUCCUGACAAGUCACACACAAUCCGUGACAUGCGUGAAGUGGGGGGGUGAUGGACUCCUGUACACUUCAUCUCAAGACAGAACUAUUAAAGUGUGGAGAGCCAAAGAUGGGGUUCAGUGUCGCACACUGCAAGGUCACGCUCACUGGGUGAACACAUUGGCCCUCAGCACAGAUUAUGUUCUGCGCACAGGAGCGUUUGAACCAGCCACCGCCACUGUAAACCCACAGGAUCUUACUGGCUCGUUGGAAGAGAUCAAGGAGAACGCUUUGAAACGAUACAACAACGUCAGAGGUGAAGGACAUGAAAGACUAGUGUCUGGUUCUGAUGACUUCACCAUGUUUUUAUGGAACCCGGCAGAGGAGAAGAAGCCUGUGGCCCGUAUGACUGGUCACCAAGCGCUUGUCAAUGAGGUGCUUUUCUCUCCGGACACACGGCUGAUUGCCAGCGCUUCCUUCGAUAAGUCUAUCAAGAUCUGGGAUGGAAAGACGGGAAAGUACCUGACUUCGCUGCGGGGUCAUGUAGGGCCGGUGUACCAGGUGGCGUGGUCAGCUGACAGCCGUCUCCUGGUCAGUGGCAGUAGUGACAGCACUCUGAAGGUUUGGGACGUCAAGACAGCCAAACUGAAGGUGGAUCUGCCGGGCCAUGCUGAUGAGGUUUUUGCCGUUGACUGGAGUACUGAUGGGCAGAGGGUGGCCAGCGGGGGCAAAGACAAGUGUUUAAGAAUAUGGAGGCGGUAGCCACAGAAACCAGAGGUCGUUGGCUCUGCGCUCAACCUGGCGCCUCGAUGCCAUACUUGAUGGCCCGUCCCACAGGACAGCAAAUUGCAGUGUCAGAGCAAGAAGCCUUGACUGAAUCAUGCAACAAAACAGCCCCGACAGCUUCAUAAUAGCAGAUAUACAUAGCACUCUCUGAUGUUGUCGGCCAGAUGGUGAGAAUAAGAUUAAAUGGUGUCUUUUAUGGCCUGAUAAAAUGUCCUGUCACCCGUUCGUGCGUGAUCGCCCGGUUGAAUCUGCAGCCAAGCUGGCCCGGUUUAAUCUAUGUAAUCUUUCCUACACACACCUCCUUUGUAAUUAACUUAAUCCUUAAUGCUGUGAUACAGGCGGCAUUAACUGGGUCUGUUCCAGCAAAGAGAGAUAACCAGCUACGUCACAGUCGCUCAUGCUACGUCAGCAGAGACAUUUCCUCAUUAAACGAGCAGUAUAAGAAAUUUGAUGGGA